UACAAUUAUGACCGACUGGUUAUCUUAUUCUUCAAAAUUGAUUAUAAUAAUUCAAAUCAAUUAUUUGAUUAUCUUUUGCAUGAUAACAAUUUACAGUUAAUUCUGAAUUUUAUUUUCAAAAAUAUUCUAAAUCAUCUUGCAAUAAGUAAAAUUGUGCGACAAAAAGGGUCCUAACCACUGAAAUAUCGGUUCGGAGAAUAAUGAAAAAGAGAGUUUGCCUGGAUUUGAAUUUAUGAUACUGUAAAGGAAUCAAUUGUCGACGAAAUGGGCUACCUCAAAGUUUGCUAUCUUUCUGACAAAUUAAAACUCCUAUAAAUUUAAAACUUAUUUGACUGGACAAAUCAGGAAUUAUAUAUUGAGACAAAUAUGAAUCAUCAUAUUGAAACUUCACAAAUGAAGCAAGAAGAUUUUAUGGACAAAGUACCGGAGCUACUUAAGAAUGCUGUUUUACAAACAAGUGCACCUGUUCCAGUUGAUACGCCUAUUGUGAAAGGGUACGAUUGGAACCGAGGUAUUGACUAUCCUGCUCUUCUUCAGACCUACAAACAAUCAGGCUUCCAAGCAACGAACUUUGGUUUAGCUACAGACGAAAUUCGUAGAAUGUUAGCAGUCCGAAGUACACCACUUACUACAGAACAAAUCGAAUCAUUUGAGGACGAUGAUUUUAUUAAAAGAAAAAGCCCUUGCACUAUCUUCCUAGGCUAUACGUCUAACAUGGCCUCAUGCGGAGUUAGAGAUUGUAUAAGAUUUCUAGUUCAACAUAAAUUAAUUGACUGUAUUGUUGCAACAGCUGGUGGUGUCGAAGAAGAUUUAAUUAAAUGUUUAGCACCAACAUUCGUAGGGGAUUUCAAUUUAGAUGGAAAAUAUCUUCGAGAGAAGGGAAUUAAUCGUAUUGGAAAUUUAUUAAUACCCAAUAAUAAUUACUGCCUCUUCGAAGAUUGGGUUACGCCAAGAUUUGAUGCGAUGUUGCAGGAACAAAAUGAACAGGGAAUACUUUGGACACCAUCAAAAGUCAUAACCAGAUUAGGUCAAGAAAUCGAUAAUCCAGCAUCAAUUUGUUACUGGGCUGCGAAGAACAAAAUUCCAAUAUUCAGUCCAGCCUUAACAGACGGCAGUCUUGGAGAUAUGAUGUAUUUCCACUCCUUCAGAAACCCUGGACUAGUUAUCGACAUUCUAUCUGAUCUGAAGCGUUUAAAUACAAUGGCAAUGAAGGCAGUAAACAGUGGCAUGAUUAUCAUUGGAGGGGGUGUUGUCAAACAUCAUAUAUGCAAUGCAAACCUUAUGAGAAAUGGUGCCGAUUAUUCUGUAUUCAUAAAUACGUCCACUGAAUUUGAUGGAAGCGACAGUGGUGCUCGUCCUGAUGAAGCAGUGUCUUGGGGAAAAAUCCGUAAAGAAGCCACGCCAGUAAAGAUUUACGCAGAAGCUUCCUUGAUCUUUCCUCUACUAGUGGGUGAAACGUUUGCUAGAUAUUACCAUUCAAUGAAGGAAAGAACUAUAUCUGAAGUUUAAAAUAUAAAUUCACCUUGCUCAGAAUAAUAAGUUCAUAUUAAUUUAAUAAAACAUUGUAAUACAU